CCCUCCUGGAGGCCUCCAUUGGCUGUUCCGAGAGAAACGCCGAGCUCUGAUUGGGACCGAGCAACCGCCAGUCAUCCGCUAAGGCUGGCAUCAGGAUUGUACGUUGUGAGGAGUGUACAGUAUUGACCUACUAACACAGUUCUCUCUCCAGCGGCGGCGGCGGCGGCAUUAGCAGCGAAGGCAGAAGACACACUCUCUGCUCCGCCUGGCUUAUUCACUCUAUCUUCUCCUCACCCGGGAACUGCUUUGGGCUCUUGCUGGAAGAAAGCAGCAGCAGCGCUCCUAUUGACCAGGGGGUCUUUCAGAGGGUCUCCCCUGCCUCCAGGCUUUACAGCCCCGAGCCCUUUCCACCUCUCCGCCUACGCCCCCCCCAUCCAAAGUGAUCAGCUGGAGAAGGAAACGCGCAGAUGCCCUAAGGAUCUUCUAGGAAGGCAUUCACAGCACUGUCGCACGCCACCGGAGGACAUUGCCAAGACGUUCAAGGGCACUUGCUGGCGUUCGGAACUCCACGCCUUCGGAGACGUUUUGAUAAGGCUGGUAUUUUUAGGAAGGCAUUUCGCCCAGACAUCAAGUGGUUUGGUUUUUGAGAAGAUUGCCGAUUGAAUCUACUCAGAAGCAAAUUUCACCAAGGCAGCUUGAUGCUUGAGACUAUGGAAUAAAUGGAAGAAUGCGUAUGGAUUUAAAAUUAUUGUAUUUACCCAGUUGUUAUGGUUCAAGAAGUCCUGCAAGAUUAAUUUUCCCUGUUACUUUUGCACACCUACUAAAAAUUGCUUCUGAUGCAGCUGAGAAAAAUGCAGUCCAUUAAGACAGAACAGGCACCUGCUGAUACAAGUAGCAAUGUGGACAAAAUUAUGGUACUUAAUUCUACAUUAACAGAUGUGUCUGAUGACUUAGGUACUGGGGAUGAAAUGAUACUCACUGAAGGAGGUAUUGCAAAAAACAAAUCUUCAGCAUGCCGGAGAAAGCGGGAAUUUAUUCCUGAUGAAAAGAAAGAUGCAAUGUAUUGGGAAAAACGGCGGAAAAAUAAUGAAGCUGCCAAAAGGUCUCGUGAAAAGCGGCGUCUGAAUGACCUUGUAUUGGAGAACAAACUAAUUGCACUGGGAGAAGAAAAUGCCACUUUAAAAGCUGAGUUACUUUCACUGAAGCUAAAGUUUGGUUUAAUUAGCUCUUCAGUAUAUGCCCAAGAGGUUCAGAAGCUCAACAAUUCAACGGCUGUUUAUUUUCAGGAGUAUCAGAAUUCCAAAUCAAGUAUUAACACUUUCAUUGAUGAGCAUGAACCAACUCUGGUGGGCAGUAGCUGUAUAUCUGUCAUUAAGCACUCACCACAGAGCUCUUUAUCUGAUGUAUCUGAAGUGUCAUCAGUAGACCAUACUCAAGCAAGCCCUAUACAAAAUAAUUGCGGAAAUCCUGAAAAUAAUUUCCAGCUCAUAAAACAGGAGCCUAUGGAAUUGGAAAAUUAUGCAAGAGUUUCACGAGAUGAAAGAGGCUCCUACACAACAUCCAUGUAUCCAAACUUCAUUGGAAGCAACUUUAGUGGCUACUCACAUUCCCCUCCACUGUUGCAAGUUAAUAGAUCCUCCAGCAACUCUCCAAGAACUUCAGAGGCUGAUGAUGGUGUUGUAGGAAAGUCGUCAGAUGGAGAAGAUGAACAGCAAGUCCCUAAAGGUCCAAUCCACUCUCCUGUUGAACUUAAAAAUACUCAUGCUAUAGUUAAAGUUCCAGAAGUGAGUUCUUCUGCACUGCCUCAUAAGCUUAGAAUUAAAGCCAAGGCCAUGCAAAUCAAAGUAGAAACAUUGGAAAAUGAGUAUGAUGCUACCCAGAAACUAUCAUCACCAAUUGAUAUGUCAUCUAAAAGACAUUUUGAACUUGAAAAGCACAAUGUACAAAAAUUGGUACAUUCUUCUCACACUCCUUUCUCUGUUCAAGUAACUAAUAUACAGGACUGGUCUCUGAAGCCAGAACACUGGCAAAAUCAAAAAGAACUCACUGAAAAAAAUCAGAUUGCUUGCAAAAUUGCAGUGGCUGAUGUUAAAGACAAUUCCUACAAAGUGUCUGAGACAGAGAACUUGUAUUUGAAGCAGGGCAUAGCAAAUUUGUCAGCAGAGGUUGCUUCACUUAAAAGACUUAUAAGUACACAACACAUCUCUGCUUCGGACUCUGGCUAAAUGACUACUGAAGAAAUGCUUAUUGUUUUAAAGGAUGUCAUUUGCAGUAGAUUGAUAUGUUUUGUAUUAUGCUGAAUUUUCACUGGACUUGUGAUGUCAUUUCACUGUAAUGUUCACAUAAUGUCUAAUGGAUGGUGUCUUUUUGUGCACAGAUGACAAAGGGGAUUAGAUUGUCAUGAUCACUAUGCCUUGUGUAUAGUCAAGUAGCCUGUGCAAAGGCUGUAUAUAGUGAACAUUAUUUUUCUGUUGUUCUGUUACUAUAAAGUGUGAAAGUUGCCAGUUCUAAUAAACAAUUGGUGACA